AUGAAUGUCAUCGGUGUGCUGUUCAUUUGCGCUGCAUGUAUAACAGUAUCGGUAUGCGUUCUGGAUCAGUGCAUGGAGCGGUACAAAGUAUGCUCAGUGAAGGAUCGCUUUACACUGCAGAGAAUUUGUAGGAGAAGUGGUGGGGUACUUAAACAUGCCCUUAAGUACGCCGGAAAAGGUGAAUUAUUUGAAUUUAAUAUCACUAUGCGACGUGAAAUGAAUGCACUAACUGGCGUUUUCACAUCUAGAAGAUGCCUUACAAUUUUCUGGCGAAAAGUAAUUUUUGAGAAAUUUACGAAGAUCACUACGGUGGGAAACAGCCGCAAUGAAUUAUUUUCCAUAAAUAUAGGUUUUUCAGAAAUAAUCUCAGACUGCUGUCGACCAGGCGGCUGCACCAGACAAUAUUUAUGCGAUUUUUGUGAGAAUUCUUGUUGCCAAAUAGCAAUUGAUACGAUCACGACGGAUUAA